AUGGGCGUUCAAUCUACCGAUAAAUUUGCUACAAAGGCAAUUCACGCUGGUGCUCAUAUUGAUGUUCACGGUUCAGUUAUCGAACCGAUCAGUUUGUCAACUACUUUCAAACAAUCUGAACCAACCAAGCCACUAGGUGAAUACGAGUAUUCUAGAUCUCAAAAUCCAAAUAGAAAAAAUUUGGAAGAUGCUCUAGCUGCUUUGGAAAAUGGUAAAUACGGUUUGGCAUUUUCGUCAGGUUCCGCAACAACUGCCAUCGUUUUGCAAUCAUUACCUCAAGGUUCUCAUGCAAUUUCCAUCGGUGACGUUUACGGUGGUACUCAUAGAUAUUUCACUAAAGUUGCUAAUGCUCAUGGUGUUGACACCACUUUUACCAAUAACUUGAUUGAAGAUCUGCCAAAAUUGGUCAAGGAAAACACAAAACUUGUUUGGAUUGAAUCACCAACCAAUCCAACUCUAAAAGUUACAGACAUCGAACUUGUUGUCAAGACCGUUAAAAAACUAAAUCCAGAAAUUUUAGUCGCAGUCGACAAUACUUUCCUAUCACCAUACCUAUCUAACCCUCUGAACUUUGGUGUCGAUAUUGUCGUGCACUCCGCCACAAAAUACAUCAAUGGUCAUUCUGACGUCAUAAUGGGUUUAUUAGCUACAAAUAAUCAACAGGUUUACGAGAAACUACAAUUUUUGCAAAAUGCCGUUGGUGCGAUUCCAUCACCAUUCGACUGUUGGUUAGCUCACAGAGGUCUAAAGACUUUACAUCUGAGAGUUAAGCAAGCUUGUCUCUCGGCACAACAAAUUGCAGAAACUUUAUCGACCCAUUCAGCCGUCAAAGCCGUAAACUAUCCGGGGUUAUCUACUCAUCCAAAUCAUGACGUUGUAUUGAAACAACAUCGUGACGGUUUAGGGGGUGGUAUGAUCUCUUUCAGAAUUAACGGUGGCUCUGCUGCUGCUUCAAAAUUUGCCUCCUCCACCAGACUAUUCACUUUGGCCGAAUCAUUGGGUGGUAUCGAAUCAUUAGUUGAGGUUCCUGCCGUAAUGACCCAUGGUGGUAUUCCAAAGGAGCAAAGAGAAGCAAGCGGUGUCUAUGAUGAUCUAAUCAGACUUUCUGUCGGUAUUGAAGAUUCACAAGAUCUAUUGGAAGAUAUCUUGAAAGCAUUGCAAUCUGCAACUAAAUAA